CGGAAGUAGAUCUCGCUGUCAUUGGCUGAGGCUCGUUUGCCGGGGAAGCGCGCCUUUUGGAGGAGACCGGAAGUGGAGUGGCUGCGAGGUGACUAGAAAUGGAGAAAAAAGUAAGCAGGAUCCGUUUUGCUUCUGAACCCAACAUCACUCAUUUUCUGCAAGUCUCUUGGGAGAAAACACUAGGAUCUGGUUUUCUCAUUACACUCACUGAUGGCCAGUCAGCUUGGACUGGGACAGUUUCCGAAUCACAGAUUUCCCAAGAAGCUGAGGACAUGGCAAUGGAAAAAGAGAAAUAUGUUGAUGAAUUGAGGAAAGCAUUGGUAUCAGAAGCAGGACCGGCUGACACUUACAAGUUUAAUUUUUCUAAAGAGCUUUGUCAUUUCUCCUUUGAGAAAAACCUUAAAGAUGUUUCAUUCAGACUUGGCUCCUUUGACGUAGAAAAAGUUGCAAGCCCAGCUGAUGUCAUUAGAGAACUUAUUUGUGACUGCCUGGACACCAUCGCAGAAAAUCAAGCCAAAAAUGAGCACCUGCAAAAAGAAAAUGAAAGGCUUCUGAGAGAUUGGAAUGAUGUUCAAAGUCGAUUUGAAAAAUGUGUGAAUGCUAAGGAAUCUGUGGAGAAUGAUCUUUAUACACGAUUUAUUCUUGUGCUAAAUGAGAAGAAAGCCAAAAUCAGAAGCUUACAUAAAUUGUUAAGUGAAACUCAAGAACUAGAGAAAAACGUCGAACAUAAGAGGGAAACUGCUACGGGUGGUCAAAUGAAUGCAGACAUGGAAUCAAUUUAUGAUGAAAGUACUGAUGAGGAAAGUGAAAAUGUGCCUAAUCACCCUGUGUUGACUUCAGCUAAAAUUGAUGAUUCCAUUACUUUAAGUCCUGAUGUUACUGAUAUUGCACCAAGUAGAAAAUGGAGGCAUCGGAGACAAGAAAAUCUUGGAAUUGAACCAAAAAUUGCUUCUCAGGAACAACAACUUCAAGAAAAAGAAAAGCUUGAUACUGCACCACCUGAGACAUCGGAAAAGCACAGCUCGGAUGAAAACCUGUCUUUAGAAACUCUAAAAAACACCAGUUCAGAAGACCUCUUUGAUGAGAUUUAACUGUCUCAAAAAAGCACUUUGAUGUUCACUAGACUGUGUUUUCUAUUCAUUUCUUUAAACUGAAAAAGCAAACUUUCAAUUUAACACAGCUUUUACUACACCUAACUAUUUAAUUACAUAUACACUGAGUUGAAGACCAUUGUGCUAAGUGGAUUAAAAUGUAUAUGAAGAUAUGAUUUGAUGACAGUGGUACAUUAUUCUAAACUAUUCAUUCAGGAUGCCUAUAAUUAUCUAAAAUUUCAAACUUUGUUGCCUGGGAUAUAUUUAUCUUACUUAGUUCAUACGUAUUUUGCAUGGUAACUGUCUAACAAGGUGUCUAGAAAGAUUUUGCAAACACUACAAAGGAAAUGUUUAUGCUUCUCUUUUGAGUAGUCAUAUCUUGAACAGUAAUGUUUCAUCAUUUAAAGUUGAGUAUGUAAAAUCAAGUGUAUAAAAUAUAUUUGUGUGUGUACACAGUCUGAAAAUCUUCUGAUAAAAUAUUUGUUGCAUUUAAGAUUUUGUGUUCUUAUUAAAAUAUUUACCUUAA